CCCUGCCCAGUAGGAGGGACACUUCCCCGAGACUCUAGCUCUUGUGGUCACCCUCUCAUACCACUUGGCAUGUGAUUCUCAGAGCUGUCCCUAGCACCGCUCCCUGACAGGCUCUGCCAAUCUGUCUGUCCAUCCCAUACCAGUCUUAGAAGGUGCUGUCAUUUCCUGGCUGCAAGAAGAUAUUAAAACUGCUCCCAGAAAAGAAGCUGGCUUAGGAACAGUUAUGCAAAAUAUAGUGAGAGACUGACUGUUGGAGGAGAGGAGAUCCUGAGGCAACAGAAGGAAGCUGCCAGGAUUGCCAAGCAGGGGAAGGAGCCAGACAAGGCAAGAAGGCUGCCUGCUUUGUUUCCUGCACAAUGUUCUGGGCAAACAAAACAAAGCUGUUAGCCCUCCUGGUGCUCCCAUUUCUGACUUUUCUCUUGUUUCAGCCAUUUUACCACCCCAAUCACUCACCUGGUCUAAUAAGAAAGUCAAGCCGUAAGCAUGUAUUGAUCUUGUCUUCCUGGCGCUCGGGCUCUUCCUUUGUGGGCCAGCUUUUCAGCCAGCACCCGGACGUCUUUUACCUGAUGGAGCCGGCCUGGCACGUGUGGACGAACCUCUCCUCUGGGAGUGCUGGGCAGCUGCAGAUGGCCGUGAGAGACCUGGUUCGCUCAGUCUUCCUUUGUGACAUGGGUGUCUUUGAUGCCUACAUGGCCCAGGAUUCAAGCCUCUUCCAAUGGCAUACUAGCAGGGCUCUGUGUUCCCCACCUGCGUGCCAUCUCUUUAAUAGGGAAGCCAUCAUCCCCUCAGCUAACUGCAGGACCCUAUGUGACAAGCAGCCCUUCAGCACCAUAGAAGAAGUCUGUAGAUCCUACAGUCAUGUGGUAAUCAAGGAGGUGCGCUUCUUCAGCCUGAAGCCCCUCCACCCACUGCUGACUGACCCCUCCCUCAACCUGAAGAUCAUUCACCUUAUACGAGACCCCAGGGCUAUGUUUCGCUCCCGACAAAACACUGAACAGGAUCUGAUGAAUGACAGCCAUAUUGUCAUGGGGAAGCAAUGGAAAACAAUAAAGAAAGAAGACCAUCCCUAUUACAUGAUGAAAAUCAUCUGCCAAAGCCACAAGGAGAUCUACGAGGCAGCUCAGUUGUUACCAGACUCCCUCAGGGAACGCUACCUGCUGAUACGCUAUGAAGACUUGGUUCAGGACCCACUGACCCAAACUGCCAAAUUGUAUGAAUUUGCAGGGUUACCCUUCCUGCCUCAUCUCCAAAUCUGGGUGCAUAACAUCACACAGGGCAAGGGCAUGGGAAAGCAUCCCUUUGACACAGACUCCAGGAAUGCCCGAAACAUUUCUCAGGCCUGGCGUUGGUCCUUACCACAUGACAAGGUAGUCAAAUUACAGAAAAUUUGUAAUGAUACUAUGGACCUCAUGGGCUAUCUUCCUGUAUUGUCUGAGGAAGACCAGAGAAAUUUAUCAGUGGGUUCUUUCUACCCUUGAGCUCCCCUAAUACUGGGCAAACACAUGAUUUGAGUGAUGGUCUGGUUUUGUACAAUGGCUAUGGUCAGCUGAAUGCUUUGGGACCUAAAUUUUUGUUUUGUUUUUCAAUGAAUAUGAAUGUUGUAUUCAAUGAAUAUGCUGUUGUAUGUGACUACACGUGGCCAAAGGCUACUCUCUACUUUCUGACUCAAGACCUUGGCACUGGCUGUCCCCCUGACCUGGGAUGCUCCCUUCUUCAUCAAUAUAUUUAGAAUACAAGGCAAAGUGGACUCAAGCUUAGAAAGCAUAUGUGGAGAAGGGGUGACAAGGCCCCUGAAUGCUAGAAUUUUUUUCCCUGUGUUUGUGGGGUAUUCAAAAAGUUCCCCUUAGGUAUGGUGUAGUUUCUUUGCCAGGUUCCUUGUGAAGCCAAAAUUCUGCAUCCAUUCUGUCCUUAGCUUCCAAUGUAGACACUACUAUCAGUUGAUCCAGGGAUUAGGCUGGGCCCCAGUGAAUGGCCAACAUGCUCUGGGCCCUUCUAGCUUGCUUACAAAGGCCUUCCUGCAGCCAAAGCAUUGGGGUGGGAUCGGUGCAAGCAAAACCUCUUUUCCUCUUCCUCCCCCACUUCAGUUCUUCCUCAGGGACUUAAUGGGAUGCCAGGCUUACCCCAAUUUCUCCAAUAACUCUGCUUCUAAACUGUUACACUAAACUGGCAUGAUAAUUCCCAGAUAAGCACUGGGGCAUGACCAAUUCUGAAUGGGAUUCUUAUGUGAGUCACUCUAGUCCCCAGAGGUUUUAAAGUCCUAAAGUCCUUUAAAGUCCUUAUAUCCCUGAAACCGAUUGAUGGGACUUUUUGUUGGAGCAUCCAAGCAGAGGCUGGGCUCCCUGCCUAACCUCACAUCAAUACUGACUUUGGUUUAUUCUCUGGCUUCCUUGUAUCUCAGGGAAAUUUUCUUUUCCUAGAAAUAUCUGGGUAUCAAAAUAGCAGGUUAUAUUAUAGUAUCUUUGGAUAGAGAGAUCUGGGGAGCAGAAGCCAGGGAAAGAGCCAGGGGGAAAGUCUGGUCUUGGGUUUUCCUUCAUUCUGGGACCUCCAUUUCUAACUGCCUCUAAAAGUAAAAGACUUCAAAACUCUCCAGUUUUGCCCUUCUCAGGCAUAGCUCAGUCCUUUUGUUCCUUAAAGGGUUGCAGAAGUACCGUGCUUGCUCCCACCUCCCAAGUCCAGACUCUCAGAAACUCUCAAUUCUGAGACAGCUUCUUCCUUGAAUAAAAAUAAUAGCAGCUAAUUUUUAUACAGUAUUUACCAAUUUUCAGGCACUAUGCUAAGUGUUUUGCAAUUAUUCACAGCCUGGAAGUUGGUUGGUAUUAUUUCCCCAUUUUGCAGACCAAGGCAACUGAGGCAAAGCAGCAAGUGAGUUGGAGGUUUCAUUUGAACUCAGGUCUUCCUGACUCCAGACUUAGCACUCUAUCCACCAGGGCCACUUAUGUGUCCAAAGAAUUUAAAUAAAUUGCUUUGGCUGUAAUAUAUCUCUUUAGUUAAUUCAAGCAAGGAUGUGGGAGCUAUCCACACUCAAGUUCUGAUGAUCAGAUUCUAUCAAAAAUUUUUCUUACCUACUUAAGAUUUCAGAGCCAAAAUGGGGAGGUUUUAACUUCACCCUCACCUAUAUAAUAGAAAAUCAUUUUAUAUAAGAAGCUUGCAAAGAAUCACCAUCCUAAAUUUUACUGUUUCUGUUCAGCAUUGGACUUAGCUUCCCAAUGAUGUAGCUGGUUACUGGACUGUGGUUUAGAGUACGAUAAUAAUAGCUGUUUAUAAGCUCAGGUAAAUUCAUUUUUAAUGGACCUCUCAGGCAAAAUUGUAGAAUUUGGAAAUGAAAUGAAAUAAGGAAAUGAAGUAAAUAUUCUGAUAUGGGCUGAUAUUUUCAUAAUUGGACCGACUGACAAAACUGAAAUGAUGGAAAGUUAUAGAAACAAUUUUCUACUUCUCCCAUUCCUCUGAAGAGGACCUGAGGAUAGGAUCAAAUAGAACCACGGGCUGAUUCAUAUCUAACUAAACUGGCUAUCUGCUCAGAAUUCUGUGUUUUAGGAUGCAACAAUUUUUUUUUUCUGGGAAAAGAGAUUUUUUUUUUUAAAAAUAAAGAAGUGUCUGUAUCUGUAAUGUAAUUGUUACUUGUAUAUAAUUGUCAUAUGAAAUUAUGGCUGCUAUUUAAUUCCAUGAUGAAAAUUACUGAACUUAUUUGUUAAGUAAAUCUUCCCCUAAAAAUGUUGUUCUUUCAUUGGUGAAAAUCAUCCAUCAUAGGUAUACUUACAAUGAAUUGACUACUGAUUCUAAAAUAAUUUGGUGUAAAAUCUGUUUAUUAUGUAUUUAUAAUAUAUUUUUCAAUAAAAGUAAACAUGUUAAGUGCUCAGGCUGUUGGGCUUGUGAAAUAUUUUGUGUUAUAUUAAUCUACCAUCUAGCUUUAAUAAAAAACAUUACACUGAAUUAUACAAUCAUUGCUGUAACAAAUUGCUUUCACAGAUAAUUCCGUGAAAAAGCAUUUAUUAUUAGGAAGGAAGAAAAUAAGCAUUUUUCUAGUAUCUAUUACAGUGUCAGGCCCUAGGCUAAGCACUUUACAAC